CCGCCCCCCUCGCUCGGGCCCCGGCCCCGCGCCGCGCGCUCUUCACUUCUUGGGGGCUUUUUAAAACAGCGCCACUGGGGUCUUCUCCAUGCGGCUCGGGAUAUGACAGCCUCCGUGCUCCUCCACCCGCGCUGGAUCGAGCCCACCGUCAUGUUCCUCUACGACAACGGCGGCGGCCUGGUGGCCGACGAGCUCAACAAGAACAUGGAAGGGGCGGCGGCGGCGGCGGCGGCUGCUGCGGCGGCGGCCGGGGCCGGGGGCGGGGGGUUCCCCCAUCCGGCGGCGGCGGCGGCAGCGGCGGCCGCGGGGGGCAACUUCUCGGUGGCAGCGGCGGCGGCGGCGGCGGCGGCGGCCGCAGCCAACCAGUGCCGCAACCUGAUGGCGCACCCCGCGCCCCUGGCGCCACCGCCGGGCGCAGCCGCCGCCGCGGCCGCCUACAGCAGCGCGCCCGGGGAGGCGCCCCCGUCGGCCGCCGCUGCUGCGGCCGCUGCGGCCGCUGCCGCCGCCGCCGCCGCCGCGUCGUCCUCCGGAGGGCCCGGGGCGGCUGGACCGGCGGGCGCCGAGGCCGCCAAGCAAUGCAGCCCCUGCUCGGCGGCGGCGCAGAGCUCGUCGGGGCCCGCGGCGCUGCCCUACGGCUAUUUCGGCAGCGGCUACUACCCGUGCGCCCGCAUGGGCCCACACCCCAACGCCAUCAAGUCGUGCGCGCAGCCCGCCUCGGCCGCCGCCGCCGCCGCCUUCGCCGACAAGUACAUGGAUACCGCAGGCCCCGCAGCCGAGGAGUUCAGCUCCCGCGCUAAGGAGUUCGCCUUCUACCACCAGGGCUACGCGGCCGGGCCUUACCACCACCACCAGCCCGUGCCUGGCUACCUGGAUAUGCCGGUGGUACCGGGCCUCGGGGGCCCCGGCGAGUCUCGCCACGAGCCCCUCGGGCUGCCCAUGGAAAGCUACCAGCCCUGGGCGCUGCCCAACGGCUGGAACGGCCAAAUGUACUGCCCCAAAGAGCAGGCGCAGCCACCCCACCUCUGGAAGUCCACUCUGCCCGACGUCGUGUCCCAUCCCACGGAUGCCAGCUCCUACAGGAGGGGGAGAAAGAAGCGUGUUCCUUACACCAAGGUGCAACUCAAAGAACUGGAACGGGAAUAUGCCACGAACAAAUUCAUUACCAAGGACAAACGGAGGCGGAUAUCAGCCACGACGAACCUCUCCGAACGGCAGGUCACGAUCUGGUUCCAGAACAGGAGGGUCAAAGAGAAAAAAGUCAUCAACAAACUCAAGACCACUAGUUAAUGGAUCCAAAGUGGAGUCGUGGGGGGUGGGGGAAGCUUGGAGAAAC